UCCACUUUCCAUAUCCAACGGUCCAUAUCAUUUCAACUUCCGUUUCAAUCCCCUCCCCGAGCUCCGAAACCCACUCUAAGCCCCUCUCCCUCUUGUGCGCCACCGCCGCCGCCGCCGCCGUCGCCAUGCAGUCCUCAGCACUCUCGUCGACGAGAUCUCUCCGUCCUUAUCCUUCUCCAACCACCAACGCAUCCGCCACAUGCAGCCGCCCCUUUUUUCUCUCCUGCCUCCGGCCUCAGCGCCUCUGCGUUUCCGCUUCGUCGUCCAACGAGCGCCAGCACGUAGUCGAAAGUCCCCCGCCUCCGGCGUCAGAGAUUCCUCCCAUUCCCCACAAGCUCAACCGCUUCAGCUCCCGGAUUACUGAGCCCAAGUCCCAGGGCGGGUCUCAAGCCAUCCUUUACGGGGUUGGCCUCUCAGAUGACGAUAUGAAAAAACCCCAGGUGGGGAUCUCAUCCGUGUGGUACGAGGGUAACACUUGCAACAUGCACCUUCUCCGUCUUGCCGAGGCCGUCCGCGAGGGCGUACGCGAGGCUGGCAUGGUUGGAUUCCGAUUCAACACCAUUGGCGUUAGCGAUGCUAUCUCGAUGGGAACCAGAGGAAUGUGCUAUAGCCUGCAGUCGAGGGAUCUUAUAGCCGACAGUAUCGAGACUGUAAUGGCAGCACAGUGGUAUGACGGCAACAUUUCCAUUCCAGGAUGCGAUAAAAACAUGCCAGGUACAAUUAUGGCUAUGGGAAGACUCAAUCGACCAAGCAUUAUGGUUUAUGGUGGAACUAUCAAGCCUGGACACUUUAAUGGAAGUACCUAUGAUAUAGUUUCAGCAUUUCAGUGUUAUGGAGAAUAUGUUAGUGGGACAAUAAAUGACGACGAAAGAAUGAAUGUGGUACGCAAUUCCUGCCCCGGGGCUGGUGCUUGUGGAGGCAUGUAUACUGCAAAUACUAUGGCAUCUGCUAUUGAGACAAUGGGCAUGUCACUUCCUUACAGCUCAUCAACACCUGCAGAAGAUCCACUGAAGUUAGAUGAAUGCCGUUUAGCUGGGAAGUAUCUAUUGGAAUUGCUAAAAAUGGAUUUGAAGCCUCAAGACAUUAUAACAGAUAAAUCAUUACGCAAUGCUAUGGUUAUUGUUAUGGCACUAGGAGGUUCUACUAAUGCAGUAUUACAUUUAAUUGCUAUAGCUAGGUCUGUGGGUUUGCAUUUAAGUCUGGAUGAUUUCCAGAAAGUUAGUGAUAAGGUCCCUUUCCUUGCUGAUCUCAAGCCCAGUGGAAAGUAUGUGAUGGAGGAUUUACACAAGAUUGGAGGGACACCUGCAGUGAUUCGGUACCUUUUGGAGGAAGGCUUUCUGGAUGGAGAUUGCAUGACUGUCACAGGGAAAACACUUGCAGAAAAUGCCAAGCUCUUCCCUUCUUUAACUGUUGGACAGCAAAUUAUAAGACCGCUUGAGAACCCUAUCAAGGCCACAGGUCAUAUUCAGAUACUUUAUGGAAAUCUUGCUCCAGAAGGUUCUGUGGCUAAAAUUACUGGGAAAGAAGGGUUAUUCUUCUCCGGUCCUGCUCUUGUUUUUGAGGGGGAGGAGUCGAUGAUUACAGCAAUUUCAGAAAACCCAUUGAAAUUUAAGGGUAAAGUUGUUGUCAUCAGAGGGGAAGGACCCAAGGGUGGACCAGGGAUGGCUGAAAUGUUAACACCAACUAGCGCUAUAAUGGGUGCUGGUCUUGGGAAGGAAUGCGCCUUGCUGACUGAUGGUAGGUUCUCUGGAGGAUCCCAUGGGUAUGUUGUAGGCCAUAUAUGUCCUGAAGCACAGGAAGGUGGCCCAAUUGGUCUCAUCCAAAAUGGCGAUAUAAUCACCAUCGAUGUGGUGAAACGAAGAAUGGACGUUCAGUUGACAGAGGAGCAGUUGGCUGAGAGAAGAAAAAAUUGGACUCCACCGCCUCUGAAAGCAACCCGAGGAAUUCUCUACAAGUACAUCAAGAAUGUGCAAUCUGCUUCGCGAGGAUGUGUAACAGAUGAGUAAAGAACUGAGUUUUCUCCUUUGCGUCUACAAUUCAACCUAGCAAGUUACCUUCCAAGAUAUGUCUUGUAUUCUCAGAUUUUGUAGUGUGAUUGUGCACGUUUUGGAUCUUGUUUUAGCUCUGUCAAUUUGAUUCUUGAAAAUAAAUCUUCCGGAAUAUUUGCUUAUGGGUCUCAAAAUGUUGAAGUUUGAAAUAAUGUGAGAUAGAAUUCAGUUUUGUGCUGGUGGAUCAUCUGUAAGAUCCAGCAAGCACUCUAUGUUUUUA